AUGUUGGCAGCGCCGAUCCCGCCUCCCUUAAAGGCGCCGCUCAGCAGCGAGCUGCUCCGGGCCGGUCGGGUUUGUCCUCCCGCUUCAGAGAUGGAGGAGAGCUUUGCCAGCAGGUUUCGCACUGAGUUAUUUCAGGCUGAUACGCUCACAGCGAUAUAAACCCCUCCCGACACACGGGCGCUGUGAAGAGAAUCCAUUUGUUGCCUGUUGGCAGCACAAAGCGAGCAGCGAUACAAUGACUCCGCCCAGGUAACGCGAACGUGGACAGUUCGCAGUUCCAUCCCGUGAGGAAUUGUCUGUACAACGUUUGAGUGCAAAGCAGCGGAACGACAGCCCCAAAUAACCCCGACACAGCGCAGCCCCAACGCAGCGAUGUGACGGCCCGGCAGGGGGAGCCGCAGCCUGGCCGCCAUUGGGGAGCGGGGAGGCGGAACCGGCCCCAUCGCCGGGCGGUGACGGCCCAUCACCGGGUGCCGCCCCGCAGCAUGGCCGGGCUGAUCGACUUCGCGGACGAGGAGGAGGUGAGGAGCUACCUGGAGAACCUGCACGUGGAGUACAGCUACCAGUGCUUCAAGGAGAAGGACCCCGAAGGCUGCCAGCGCCUGGCCGACUACCUGGACGCCGUCAAGAAGGACUUCGAGGCGGCCGCGCGGGUGCUGCGGGACAACUGCGAUGUGUACGGGCACAGCGAGAGCUGCUACAGGCUCGGGGCCUACCAGGCCAUCGGCAAAGGUGGACUCGCUGCAGACUUGAAAGCUGCCUACAAGUCUUUCCUGAAGUCGUGUGAGAAAGGUGGGAAGAAGUCGGUGAACGCCUGUCACAGCGUCGGGCUGCUGGCCCACGAUGGGAGAGUCAACGAUGAUAAACCUGACCCGGUUGUUGCUAGAGACUAUUACACAAAAGCCUGCGAUGGCAACUUUGCUCCUAGCUGCUUCAACCUCAGUGUGAUAUACCUCCAAGGAGCAGCCGGGGUCCCUAAGGACAUGAGCCGUGCUUUGAAGUACUCGCUGAAGGGGUGUGAGCUGGGUCACAUAUGGGCUUGUGCCAAUGCCAGUCGAAUGUACAAGCUGGGAGAUGGUGUUGAGAAGAAUGAGGGCAAGGCAGAGGAUCUGAAAAACAGGGCAAAACAGUUGCAUAAAGAACAGAAAGAAGCCUCGAGUUCUUUAACAUUUGGAGAGUAAAACUGUCAGUCACAGUUUAGACAACAGCUUUCAGUGGCAAGUGAACUUGCUGUUUAAAUCUCAUGAACGUAUAGUUUUCACUCAAUAAAUAUCUUGUAAGUAUUUGUAUGUACAAAUACACUUAUAUUAUUGUGGAUGCAAUAAAUGUGACCAGCUCUGUGCCUUUCUACAUU